AUCCCCUCGAGACUGUAAUUUUUUCUCUUAUAAUAAUUAAAGCAAGGGUAAGAGAAGAAGAGUGGGAUUUUGGGAUUUUGAUACCUUAAUAUUUUAAGAAAAUGGCCAAGUACUUGAGGGAAUGUUGGAUUCCCACAGGUCACACAGUAGAAGCUUAGCAAACCAAAGCAAAUCCCAACACUUUGUCCACUUUCAUUGUCACUGAUCACUAAUAUGUUCUAAAUUAUAAGAUUUUACAAUGCUUAACAGUUAUCACUGAUAUUAUCUAGACAUGGUUAGCGCAGCUUGUUGCCUUUAUAUUCUUUUCUUAACAUUUGCCGAACCAGUGGCAGGCAAGUUAUUCCUCUUUUACUUUUAGAGUCUCAGUCUUACCAAAACCUCUGGUUAUCUUGACUCUUUGUCUCUCAGAGAUGAGGUGUGAGUUAGUGCAAUUAUAGGACAGCAUGAGCAGUUGUAGGACUAGUGCCUGGUUCGUAUACAAUACCAAGACAAAACAAAGACUACUUCAACACUGUUUUUGUUGAAUCUAACAACCAGCCCUUUACUAGCCUCCCAGAAGCUGGUUUUGGUAAUUAGCAACCUUCGAUUCAAUGGUGGCAAGGAAAAAGAAUGCUCUUUUCUGUUGUGUGGGUUUGUUAAUCUGCUUAUGGAAUACUGCGUAUGGAGAACUAACAGCUACAGGUGUUAACUUUGAAGUGGAGGCUUUGAUGGGCAUUAAAGCUUCAUUGCAUGAUCCUCAUGAUGUUCUUAAAUGGGAUGAACAUUCUGUGGAUCCAUGCAGCUGGAUCAUGGUUACUUGUUCUACUGAUGGUUUUGUCACUACACUAGGAGCUCCAAGCCAAAGUUUAUCUGGCACUCUUUCACCAUCCAUUGGAAACUUGACAAAUCUCCAGUCUCUGCUUCUACAGGAUAACAAUAUUUCAGGACAUAUACCCUCUGAGCUUGGAAGGCUCCCAAAGCUUAAAACAAUUGAUCUUUCCAGUAACAACUUCAGUGGUCAAAUUCCUACUACUCUCUCUAAUCUUAAUAGCCUCCAUUACCUGAGACUUAACAAUAACAGUCUUAAUGGAGCAAUUCCUGCCUCUUUGGCUAACAUGACUCAACUUACCUUUCUGGACUUGUCUUACAAUAAUUUGAAUACUCCUGUACCACCUGUUCAUGCUAAAACAUUCAACAUUGUAGGAAAUACUCUGAUAUGUGGAACUGAGCAAGGCUGUGCUGGAACCACACCAGUUCCGCAAUCUUUGGCUGUGCAUAAUUCACAAAAUUCUCAGCCUUCUGGAAAUAACAAGAGCCACAAAAUUGCCCUGGCCUUUGGUUCAAGCCUAGGCUGCAUCUGCCUGUUGGUUCUUGGAUUUGGCUUCAUUCUUUGGUGGAGACAAAGACACAACCAGCAAAUAUUCUUUGAUAUUAAUGAACAGCAUCAUGAAGAACUCAACCUAGGAAACUUGAGGAGGUUUCAAUUCAAAGAACUUCAGAUUGCAACAAGCAACUUCAGCAGCAAGAACUUGAUAGGAAAAGGUGGUUUUGGGAAUGUCUACAAAGGGCAUCUCCAAGAUGGAACUGUUGUAGCAGUGAAAAGGCUCAAAGAUGGAAAUGCCAUAGGCGGUGAGAUCCAAUUCCAGACUGAAGUUGAGAUGAUCAGCCUAGCAGUGCAUCGAAAUCUCCUUCGUCUCUAUGGAUUAUGCAUGACAACAACUGAAAGGCUAUUGGUUUAUCCUUACAUGUCCAAUGGGAGCGUUGCUACUCGUCUUAUGGCAAAACCUGUCCUGGAUUGGGGUACAAGGAAAAGAGUUGCCUUAGGAGCAGGAAGAGGUUUAUUAUACUUGCACGAGCAAUGUGAUCCCAAGAUAAUUCACAGGGAUGUGAAGGCUGCAAAUAUAUUACUUGAUGAUUAUUGCGAGGCUGUUGUGGGAGAUUUUGGAUUGGCAAAGCUGUUGGAUCACCGGGACUCACAUGUGACAACUGCUGUGAGGGGCACUGUGGGGCACAUAGCCCCUGAGUAUCUAUCAACAGGCCAGUCCUCUGAGAAAACAGAUGUUUUUGGAUUUGGAAUACUUCUGCUAGAAUUAAUAUCUGGCUUAAGAGCUCUGGAAUUCGGGAAGUCAACGAACCAGAAAGGAGCAUUGCUUGACUGGGUGAAGAAGAUUCAUCAGGAAAAGAAGCUGGAAUUGUUAGUUGACAAGGAUCUGAAAAACAACUACGACCGAAUUGAGCUUGAAGAAAUAGUUCAAGUAGCUCUGUUAUGUACCCAGUACCUUCCAAGUCAUAGACCUAAAAUGUCAGAAGUGGUUCGGAUGUUAGAGGGAGACGGGCUCGCUGAAAAGUGGGAAGCUUCUCAGAGAGCAGAAGAAACUAGAUCAAGAGCCAACGAGUUCUCCUCUUCGGAAAGAUAUUCUGACCUGACUGAUGAUUCAUCGUUGCUUGUCCAAGCAAUGGAGCUCUCUGGACCCAGGUGACAUGAUUUUCAAACAGAUAGCGUUUACGAACUUUCAAAAGGAUGCGAUACAGUGUCUGAAAACAAGCUUUGUGUAUAUUUACCACGUAUUGGAGCUCUCAAGCUGUGUUAAAAUUUCUUGACUGUACAGAACCGGGAUCUGUAAAAAUGACAUAGUUGAGUGCUUUAUGUUUUUUUAUUUGUCUA